GCCUCAGUACCAUCCCGAUUGGAUUCAGUGUGAAUUUUGACAAAGUUUAAUUCAGAAAACGACGGUUUUUCCACGAAACUCUGGUUGCCCUUAUCGGUGGGUAUAAAGUUGGCCCCAGUUUCGCGUCGGCGCUCGACCGCAUCCCAGUCGACACAGGCAGUCGAUCUCAGAAGUGAAAAUUUUCGGUAGCUCUAAGGUGCUCGCAGGAAUAUUUCUCCUCGGGAAACAAGAAAAAUCAGCAGCAAAUUUCAUCGAAACUCCUUGAUGACUUUGCAAAGAGACACACUUCGAUGUCUCGGUAGUCUAGAUAAUGCUUAAGCUACCCAAAGGAUUAAAGAAGAAAAAGAAGGGUAAAAAAUCGAAGAAAGAUCAAGAGCUUUUCACCGAGGAGGAGUUAGAGCAGUACCGACGGGAGCACCAAACAUCCGCACUCAAUUCGGCCGCUCCAUCGGACAGCGAGGAUCAUCCGGGCGAGAAGUCGGAGAACGACGAGGAAUGGUCAAAGUUUGCCGCACUUACCACAGGUAUCGACUCAGUGCUUAAGAAAACUCAGGUUGAUCUCGAUCGCAUCAAGGAGAGCUCGUUCUUCCAAAAGGUUCCAACAAAGGUAGAGCUUGAAGCCAAGGAAAAAGAGGAGCGUCUGAAGGAACAGCAACAGCAACAGGAGCAGCAGGAACAGCAAAAGGCUGCCGAGGAGCUCAUCAACGCUGUUGUUGAGCUCUCCGAGUCGGAGCCCAACUCGGAAGCAGAGGAGGACAUCUUUGACACCGAUUAUAUUGAUGCCAUCGCUUCUGGGGAGUUACCGAUCGCGUAUGUGCCAGAGUCACCUGUUUUAGAGUCGUUUGAAGGACCGGAUCCAUUCGAUACAUCGUACGCGGAGAAGAUCAUCAAGGGACCAGAGGUUUCCAAACGUGGCAAGAAGAUUGUUAACAUCGGCGCCGCCGUUGAGGUACUCACAGGCCGCGUAGAGAACGUUUCGACGAAAGCUUCCAUCCGUAGACCACGCCGAGGACCCGAGAAUCUUCUUCUAGAGAGCUUCGACGAGGGUCUACCAGACGGGGAAGAAGCCAAGCCGGUCGUUCAGGAAGCCAAACAACAUUCUAUACUCACUCUUCUAGACGAUCCGGCCGAAGUUUCGGGUGAUGUGCCGAUUGAUUUAAGUGUAUCGUUGCAUUUAGCGUUUCAGAAGGAGCAAGACGACACAAAAGAGGAGCCAAAAUCAGAGUUACAGCUUAACUUUGACGAGUUUGACGAUCUUUGCAAACGCCAGCCAGCGGUUGAAGGGGACAAUUUUGAAUUACUUGUAGGUGAGGUUGAGCCGGAAGCUUGUAAGAAACCAGCUCGCCCGCCACCGCCUCGUCCAGCUACAGGACCACGUAUUGUACCAAACGUCGACGAGGAGGAGUUCGACCUCGAAGAGGACGAUCCAUUCGACACCGGUUUUGUCGAGCGAGUCCUUCCAGCGACCGUCAAAGAGGACGACGACUUUGAUCCGCGCGCCGGUGACGAUUUCCCCCCUCAAAAGGAGGAAGAGGAAGACGAUUUUGACUUCGACCCUCGGGGUGGAGAAGACUCAUCAACUGCGCCAACUCGGGUGAAAACCCCGGAUCUUUUCUCGGCGGAGGAGCAUUCCACCCUACAGAUCGCGAGCUUCCAGGCCAAAGACCUUCUGUCAGGAAGUUGCGUUGAUUUAACUGGCAUCUCUCAAACUCCACUCGAAGUUGCAACAGCUGCGGACGUUGCGGAAGAUAUUGUAGAUCCGUUCGACACAUCGGCCGUUAAUUUGAUUGUUGCACCUGGUAAGACCGAACUCAAGUUCUUGGAAAAAGAGUUCCUUUCAGACGAAGCUGGUGGAUUGAAACAUUCGCUUAGCGAUCCGGACUUUGAUCCACGUGCCGACACCGAACCCGAAUCCAAAGAGCAGCAGGACGACUUUGAUUCUAUCGUUCAGCGCAAGUCAUCGCUGAGUUUGCACAUCAACUCGGCGGCGGCCAAAAACAAGACAGUUCUUUUUGCGGUUCCCACUCCGGAUCUGUUGAAGCUCGACGGGGAUCACUCCGUGACCAAGAAACCACUCACGCCGUAUUACAGCCGGGAGUCCUCUCUUCCGGAGUCGGAGACACUUGAUCCGUUCGAUACUACCUUCGUUCCAAGUAUUGUGCCAUCUCAACUGGAACUUAACCUCAUCGAGAAGGAACUAAACAAUAGCACAGCUCUGAAGCAUAGUUUAUCCGAUCCGGAUUUCGACCCGAGAGCGGACUCUGAGGUAGAAGAGCCUAAACGAGCAGCGCCUAAGUCCGAUCUGCUUGGAACCGACGACAACUACAAUCAAAAAGUCCUAACGCCAGCCCAGGAACUUGAGCCGGAGGACAUCGAUCCGUUUGACACUUCGAUUGCUGUAAACAUUCAACCAGGUCGUGCCGAGCUAAGACUUCUCGAGAACGAAUUCAAUUCCGAAGUACCAGUUGCAAGCAAUCAGGACUUCCUCUCAGAUUCGCAAGACUCCGGUUCCAUUUUUGUGAAGGUUCUCACACCCCAACUAAACAGCGUAGCUGACGAGACUGACAUCGAUCCAUUCGACACUUCGUUCGCAGUCGACUUGGGACCAGGAAGAGCAGAGAUCAAGUUACUAGAGAACGAAUUAAUCGCUCGCGAACACUAA